CGUAUCCAAGCACGCAUUGGCAUCGUAUCAGCAAAGGAGAGGCAGAGACGGAGGCGAGGCGGCGGCCACGACCAGUGAGGCAGCGACAUAGGAGGGGCAAGGGUCCGGUGGAGCUCCGCACGCCCGCGCCCAGAAGGCCAGAAGAGGCAACGCGAGGCCAAACCCUAGCGGUUUGCUAGAGGUAGCGGGAGCGGCAGCCGGCGUCCGGCGAAGUUUUGGCGGGGGCUGAGCAGCGCGUCGGCCUGCCGGAAGUCUCUGUGCACCGGAGAUAGGAGCGCCAGCCUGCCAGGCUGCCAGUGAGCAUCGGGAUCGUCAUCGUCGUUCUUCGGUGAUUUGUUAAAAUGAAGAGAAAGCAUGUGAGCAUCCUUAGAUAUUAUACAUCUAGUUCUGUUGGUAGCACUCAAUCUGAACCUGAGCAUGUUGAAUCUCAAGCUGAAACUCAACCUGAAUCUGAGCAUGUUGAACCUCAAGCUAAACCUGAAUAUGAACAUGAACCUGAUUCCCAAAUUGUUGAGAGCAAUGCCACCACAUUUGAUAAGACUGAUGAGAGUAUAAACCAACCAAGUCAGCUUAUUCAAGAAUUUCAUCCAAGUCAAAUUAUUCAGAAUCCGGCCGGGACUUAGAAUACCAAUAGAUGACCAUGCCCCCAAAAUUAGAAGUGAUGUGAGAAGAGCUUAUUUGUUAAAUGGGUGAAACAAGGCUGUAGGGCAUAAAUUCAAGAAGACACAAGACGGUAUUAUCUGGAGAUCAUUUCAGGCACAGUGGUUGUAUAAAUUUGAUUGGUUGGAAUACAGUGUGGAAAAUGAGGCUGCUUUUCUGCUUCUAUUGCUAUCUUUUCAAGAAACCAUCACAUGCUUGCAGAUUGGGAAAUGAUGUUUUCACAAAAGAUGGUUACACUCGUUGGAAAACAUGUCUGGAUAAUUUUAAAAAAGCAUGUUGGUGGUCUAUCUAGUCACCACAACAUUGCUAGGGAUGAUUCUGAUGAUUUCAACAAUCAACGAGCAAGUGUGGCUACCAAAUUGUGUGUAUACAGCAAGGUGUCAGAGAUAUUAUAUAAAAUCCGUCUAACUGUAUCAUUAGAUUGUGCAAGGUAUCUCAUAGCACAAGGGGAGGCUUUUCGUGGGCAUGAUGAAUCCUCCGCUUCCAUCAACAAGGGAAAUUUCUUUGAGUUAUUGGACUGCUACAAGAACAAGAAUGAUGAUGUGAAGGAGGCAUUUGAUAAGGGGAAAGGAAAUGCACAAAUGAUUUGUUCGGACAUCCAAAAGGAUCUUGCUGCAUGUUGCGCAAUGGAGCUGAACAAGGUUAUUAAGGAUGCUAUUGGAGAUUAAAAAAAGUUCUCAAUUCAUAUUGAUAAGGCUAGAGAUUGCUCAAUAAAGGAGCAAAUGGCAGUGAUUGUGGGAUUUGUAGAUGAUCAUGGGUUGCUACAAGAGAGAUUUCUUAUGAUUAAGCACAUCACAGAUUGUACAAUUGCUGGAAUUAAAGAAGCUUUCGUUGAUGUGUUGAUUAUCAUGAUUUGCCAAUUUGUAGGCUACGUGGACAGGGCUAUGAUGGGGCUUCUAAUACGAGAGGAGAAUUUAAUGGUUUGCAAAAAAUUGGUUAGAGAUGAAGCUCCAUAUUCAUUCUAUAUUCAUAGCUUUGCUCACCGGUUGCAGUUGGUGGUUGUCACUGUUGCUCAAUGUAGUCCUGCUAUUGCUAAUUUCGUCAACAUUAUUCCCUUGAUAGUGACUCAAGUUGGUUCAUCUUGCAAGAGAAAAGAUGCAUUACUUGCAAAACACCAGGAUGAACUGUUAGAGUUAUUGGAGAAUGGGAUGAUUUCUGUUGGAACCGGGCUGCAUCAAGAGUCUAGCAUAACAAGACCAGGAGAUACUCGGUGGGGCUCACACUUGAGAACCUUGCUUCGCAUAUUCACAAUGUGGAAGGCUGUGGUUGGUGUUCUAGGAAUUAUAGUGAUUGAUGCUCGGGAACACACAUGUCAAGGUGGGGCUUUUGGUUUGCUUAUUAAGAUGCAAUGCUUCGAAUUUGUGUUCAUCAUGUUGCUCUUAAUAAACAUGUUAAACACCACAAAUCAGCUCUCACUAGCUUUGCAAAGGAAGAAUCAAAAUAUUGUUGAAGUCAUGCGAUUGGUCUUGGAUGUGAAAGAAAGUUUGCAAGGGAUGAGGGACAAUGGGUUGGAUUCUUUAUUCAGCCAAGCCAAGAGCUUUUGUGAGACACAUGAGAUUGAAGUGCCAAAUAUGGAUGAUCAUAUUUGAACGGACCGUCGCGGACAAGAGGGGUGGGGGGUGAAUGGACGCUACUCAACUUUUUCCUCUUUUCCUCUCCAACCAUGUCACAUCGCGACACACACACAAAACCAGAAAACAUAUAAGCUACGCUUCAGUCUUCCGUU